AUGCCUCGCUCCCUUCCGGCGGAAGCUGCUCCUGGGGGUGUCUGCUAUGUCUGCGCGGGUGCGAGCACGCGAAGAUCUUCCCGCAAAAGGCUAAAAGGACGGAAAAUGCCUCAAAUCUUCCAAAGAAGUGCCGCUGCGGGGGUGACUCCUAAGCCGCAGCUCGAAGGACAGCAACAGCAACAGCAACAGCAACAGCAACAGCAGCAGCAGCAGCGGCACGCGUUGAUGCAGCAAGAACUGCCGCACCAGAAGCAGCCCAUCAUAUCCGACGCGCUGCUGCUGGAUUUGCUUCACCGAGCCGAGGAACUGAAAGAGGGGCCCCCAGAGGCACCUCCUGGCGGGUGGGAAAUCCUCGCCAAGAGUCAAGAAUGCACAGCGUACAGAAGACUCCGUCAAGGGGGGACAGACUAUGAGUACGCUGUGAAGGGGCACAUUCGUGAUGUAUCCGCUGCCGCGUAUAUCACGACACUCAACGCGCUGCCCUUUCGGCUCUCAUGGGAUUCAACUGUAAAGGCCAUAGAGCUGCUGCAGCUGUAUAGGACGGCCUCCUCUCCGGGAGCAGCUCCCGCCGUCCUCGACAGCACGAGCAGCAGCAGCAGCAGCAGUAGGAGUGGGGGGUCUUCGAAGGGCAGCUGUAAAGGCGUUCCUUCCGAGGUGUAUCCCAUUGGAGGCUCGGAAUACGAGGAGAUCAUUUACUGGCGUGUCGGCCUUCCCUGGCCAGCGCAAGACAGAGACUUUGUGUUUGCGCGGCGUCUAAGAGGAUACAAGAGCCGCAAGAGCGACGGCAGAAGCAACCACGUGCAUGCGUUGGUGUGUGGUCAGGUGCAGGCGGAGGUCCCUGAGAUGCCUCCUGUACGAGACGCAGUGCGUGUGCACACCUUUGAAGCUGCCUUUAUCGCUUUUCCCUCCAAUGACAUCGUGGCUGCUCCUCUGGACGGCGAAGAAAGUCUCUCUGGAGGCGCUGGCUCGGAGAGGCAUGCCCCCCUGACAGAUGGCAUGGGGGCCCCUUCGGGGGGCAAUCCCGAGAAGGCUGGUGUUAUAUACGUCGCUUUCCACUACGAUAAAUCCAACUCGCCAGUCCCCUCCUGGCUGCGUUCGUACAUUGUUGCGCACUCGCUGCCGGCGACCAUGGGCGCUCUCCGCAGUACUGCUCUGCGCCUCGUGGACGCAACGGGGCGAGUCAAACUUCCGGGGGCCCUCAGGGGCCCUGGGGGGGCCCCUCUGAGCAAGCAGCAACUGAAGCUGCUCGAAGAGCAGUAUCUUAUUCAUAGUCCGCAGUGGAAAGGGCCUCCCGGGGAGGGACGUUCGGCAGGGGAGGGGGGGGCGGGAGACGCUUCAACGGUGCUUAGUCCUGAGGGGAAUGGGUGGAGGCACGAUCUAGAUGAGCAGGACGGAAGGCGCACAAAAAAACACGCCGCUUGCGCGGCACAGCCGCUUGUCGUCCCCGUAGCUCUUGGGGGGCCUCACGAACUAAGCCUUUGUCCGCCUCCACCCAUUCGUGCUGCAGAGCUUGCGGAACUGCAGGGGCUUGUCUGGGAACCCCCGUGGCUGCCUCCGAAAGGCUUCGCAUGGCGCUCCUCUGCGGCAGCGCGGAGCGCCUUCCUCUGGGUGCUUCGCCUUAGGGGGCCCCCCUGGCUCCUCUCCCCUUGUGCGUGUAUCCUUCGCAACACGCAGACGGUGUCGUCGUCGCUGCCACGCAUUCCAGAAAAACAGAACCCCUUCGGGGGGGCUUCCCAGGCGGCUCCUUGCCCGGCAUCUGUAGCAGUGGGCCUCCCGUGUGGCUCUCAGGCAAACAGAGGGCUGCUUGCGAGAGGCCCUUGCAACAGAACUGCUUGCAAGGGGCCCCUGCAACAGAACUGCUUGCAAGAGGCCCCUGCAACAGAAGCGUUUGCAAGGGGUCCCUGCAACAGAACUGUUUGCAAGGGGUCCCUGCAACCGAACUGUUUGUAA